UACUUUUUGCCAGUUGAGCCGAGUACGUGAACGUGUCUGGACGUUUUUAUGGACAAGCGAAUUGAGUGCCCCCCAAAAACAGCAACCGAAACAGAAACCGAAACCGAAACCGAUACCGAUACAGAAACCUAAUCCAAAACUCAAACUGAACCGUUAGCCAAAACUAAUACAGCUGCCCAUUUAGUUCGAGUGCCGCAGUCCAAGUGCUACGCAGUUUUUCGCGCGUGUCCAAAUUUUCCGCCCCACCCUCUGCCCUAUGCACUGGCGGCCUGUUGUAUCUGAGCGUGGUAACUCGUUUUCGGUGCGGCGUGUGUGCGAAAAUUAAUGAAAUGUUUGCCUCGCGUUUAUGAAUGCUCUUUUUUUGCCAAUUGCCAAUUGCCAAACGCGUAUCUCACAGAUACAUUUGCCAUCAAUAGAAAACGAAAAAAUCGAGCAAAUUUUGCGUGUUUCUUUUGUUUGCCGAAAUUCGAGUUUUGUUUUGGUUUUUGUGUGUCGCGCAACAAUAAAUUCACGCCAAGUGUUUUCCACGCACAAUUUUCCAGCUUAACAGCCGCAAGGCAGCAAUUUCAGCACUGGCAUCCACAGCUGCUAACUUUUGGGAUUAUAUGCAGCCCAAAUUGUGUGUGGAUUAGUGACGACGAGUGGAUACACAUGUUUGAGAGCUUCAGAAAGUUUAUGGUGAAAAAAGGACUGUCUCCCUUUAACUAGUAGAUGACAAGCAAUGCGUAUGAUUGUUAAUUUUUGGGCUAAACAGCAGACAGAGCUACACGAAUGUCGGACGCCAAAUACGAAAGACAUUGGCAAACUUGGCUAAAACGUAUUUAACCUAAAAUAAAGCGAACAACAGCAAGUGCGAAAGAGACAGAGAGAGAGAGAGAGAGAGAGAGAGAGAAGAGAGGAGCAGCUGCACCGAUAGCUCUCUACCGACAGACAGUCAACGUCUGGUCACAGCAAAGGCAACUAACCAAACAAACCACACCACAGACUAGGCACACGAAGGGAGUAAAGCUCCAAGCGGGCUUGCAGACCCGUAGACAGAGAAAGAAACAGAGAAAGGAACAGGGACAGGGACAGGGACAUAAUGAGCAGACGAGGGUCGUCGGCAAUGGCAGCGGCAAUUACCAUGUCGCCGUCAUCGUUGCUGUCGCUGUUGUUGCUGCUGCUGACGACAUUGCUGGUGCUGCUCGUGCCGACAAAUGGCCUGGCAAAUUGUCCAAAUGGCUGUGAAUGCGAUGACGAAACUCUGAAAGUCAACUGCGGUGUGGGCACGCUCGAUGUGCUGCCCAUCGCACUGAACCCGUCCAUACAGCGGCUGGUCAUUAAGAACAACAAGCUGAAGACCAUCGACUCAUCGAUGCAGUUCUAUUCACAGCUGCAGUUCCUUGAUUUAUCCUACAAUGAUAUGGUAACGAUACCAGAACGCUCGUUCGCCUACCAUGCCAAGCUGCUGGAGCUGCAUCUGAAUCAUAAUAAGAUUGGACAGGUGACGAACAAAACCUUUACGGGCCUAACCACAAUUACUGUGCUCAAUCUGAGGGGCAAUCUGAUUGCCGAAUUGGAGUACCGCACCUUCUCGCCCAUGGUUAAAUUGGUUGAGCUGAAUCUUGGCCAGAAUCGCAUCAGUCACAUUGAUCCGCAUGCCUUGGAUGGACUGAUUAAUUUGAGCAUGUUGUAUUUGGACGAUAAUACCCUGACUACGGUGCCAUCGGAGCUGACAUUCCAAGCGCUGCCCGGCCUAGCGGAGCUUUAUUUGGGCACCAAUUCAUUUAUGACUAUUCCCGCGGGCGCUUUUCAGGAUCUCAAGGCUCUGACGCGCCUGGACUUGCGUGGCGCGGGACUGCAUAACAUAUCGGCCGAUGCCCUGAAGGGUCUGGAGGGCAUACGUUAUCUGGAUCUCUCCGACAAUCGCUUGCAGGUUGUGCCCUCGGCUGCUUUGCAGCGUCUGGCCCGUCUGGAGGAGCUGUCGUUGGGCCAAAAUGACUUCGAGGUGAUCGCAACUGGCGCCUUUGUGGGUUUGCGUGAGCUGCGCCAGCUGGAGAUUACUGGAGCUCAGCGCUUGCGUCGAGUCGAGAGCGGCGCCUUCACGGACAACACAAAUCUGGAGCAUUUGAAUCUCUCGGCUAACAAGCAGCUCAAUGAGUUGCAUGCGAAUACCGUGGGCGGUUUCCCACACCUCAGCACGGUCAUCUUGAAGGAGAAUCAUCUGAGUUCCCUCUCAGAGGGUCUUUUCCCCUGGUCGGAUUUGCAAACCCUGGAUCUGUCGGAUAACCCGUUCGUGUGCGACUGCCAGCUGAUGUGGCUGCGUAAUUUGCUCAUCAGUAGGAAUGGCAGCAAUCAGUAUGCUCCCGUAAUCUGCUCCUAUCCAGCCAAUUUGAGGGAACUACCGCUGACGCAGCUGGCCGAACCUCUGCUGGGCUGCACCCACGGCACGGGCAACAAGCAGGCCAUUAUUGGCAUCAUGGUUGUCGCCUGUGCGGCGCUGAUAACCACCUUGGCGCUGAUAAUCUAUACGUGUCGUCGUCGCAUACGCGAAAUGCUCAAGGGUCACUCGGCGCUGGGGCGCAAGGAACGCGAGUAUCAGAAAACCUUUUCGGAUGAGGAGUACAUGACGAGACCGCCGCCUGGUUGCGGCGGUGUACAUCCCGCUUCGGGCUAUCCCUGCCCCAGUGGCAUCAAUUCAUCGCAGUAUUUGGGUAGCCGGUCGAUACCAGUCACAGAACUAUAGCUAGAAGCUCCACCCCCACCUCAGCUGCGGGGUCGGGGUGGUGCCCCCUCCAGUCAUAACGGUCCCAUGGCAUCCACAACCUCAGGAACGCCGCUGCAGCAGCUACAGGUGCCCAGUGCUGUUGAUGCGUCGCAUGCCCCCUUCGCCCAACUCAGCCACAUCCACUUCAUGACCAACAAUCCGCAGUCAUCGGCAACAACAACAGCAACAACAACACCGCGCUCUCAUCACUCGCAACAGGACAUGCGACUGCUGGCCAAUGGCGGCGGCAAGGUUCUCGGCCUGAAUGCCUCCCUGCCCCGACACAUGGCAGGACGUCAGUGCGGCGUGCAGGAGAGCACCCUGUCCCAUUAUAGUCAACCACUUGCCAAUGGCCAUGCCGGCAUACGCCUCACCCAGGAUCACUUCAAUCACAAUGGCAUCGGCGGCGCAGCCGGCGUCUAUGCCAAGCCCUGUGAUGCGAUGGCCGAUGCCGGAUAUAUACACAACAAUUCGCACUAUUCGCUGCCGCUGGAUCAUGAUAUGCCGCCCAGUCCGACACCCACUCCGCCGCCGCCGGCGCUGCCGUUGCGCAAUGGCAUGGGCAUGGCUCUGGUGCAUGGCAAUACGACUGGCAGGCGUUCCUUUAAUAGCAACAACAACAAUGUGGCAACUCUCUCAAACAACAAUCACAAUGGCGUCGGCGGCGGUGCAGUGUUGGUCAACGGCAAUUACAACACCAACGGCAGCAACAAUAACAAUAAUGGCAGCCUGCGUCGCUAUCACUGAUAUACGCUGAAAUCGUGCGGCACCUUGGGCCGCACCAAGCCGCAGCAGCGGGGCGGGGAUAUUGAGUUGUAUCACUUCUACAAGGGCUGAUGAGGAAUUGGAUCACAUUGUGUUACUUUAACUAUGCAUUAAUUAAUAUUUAUGUAUUGUAUAUUUAGUUACCUUUAUUCAGGCGAAAUCAUUUUGUAUAAAUUAGAGUUUAGUUUAAAAACAAGAGAAAGGAAACAAAAGGCAGCGGCAAAUGAGCGGAGCUGAUUUGUAAAUACAGUUUGACAUGCAUUGCAUUCUAGAUAGCGCUUAGUUUGGUCUUAAACUGUCGGCAUUAGGCAACACAGUUUUAACACGGAGUCAACUGCUGACGAAUACCAACACUGUGCAUAGUUUGAUCUUAAACUGUCUAAAUUUAGCAACACAGUUUUACCAGCUGCUGACGAUUACCAACACUGCGCACUAUUUUCUUUUGCUGUUUUGUGCAGGGUCUUUUUUCGCAUCCAGUGAUUUACCUAAUAAGUUUAACUUAGACGUUUAAAUGCAUGUAAAUAAUUAAAUGAUAUGCACAAAAACUAAAAGAAUAUAAACAAAAUAAAGACAAAAUACUAAAAUAACAACUAAUCAAUUUGUAUACAAUUAAUUUACGCUUUUAAGCACAAGUCAUUAAAAAUAUAUAUGUAUUUAGCAUAAAAUAUUGCAAGAAAGAUAAAACACAAAACUAAAAUUCAGAAAUAAAUAUACAUAAAGUAAAAAUGAAACAAUAUCUAAGCCGAACACCCUUAACAAAAUGUAUGCAAAUUAAAGGCAAAGUUCAUAGAUAUCAGAAAAAAAAAGAAACAUUUUUGUAGUUAAUAAAUUCAAUAUAAAUAGAACACAGAAGGUAAACUUAAAUUACUUAUUGAAAUAAUAAAUAUUAAAAAAGAAGAGGAAAAAAUAAACAAAAAGUUUAUGAAAUGCAGCGAAAUAGCUACAAUUAUGCAAAACUACACAAUAUUUAUAAAGAAGGUACUACAAAUUGACACAAUAUGAAUACAAAAGCAAUUUAUGCCACAUAAAUAAAUACAAAAUAUGUGUAAAUAAAAAAUGUAUGCUCGAACAAAUUUAA